AUGAUUUUUUAUGAUUCAUCAAAAUUACCAAAGGAUAAAGAACAACGUCAUGGUCAAUGUUGUCCAGCUUAUGUGAAACUUGAUAUAAGAACACAAAAUGAUUUUUAUAGUAUAGAAAAAUUUCUUGGUGGAAUAUCAUUGUUGUUUAAACGAAUAAUUAAUAAUAGAGAAUGUCAAUCAAUAUUCAGUCGUUCAACGAUACGAAAAUUAUUUAAUUUAUUAAAUAUUCAAUCUAUUGAUUGUAAAAAUCAUUUAAGACUUCUUAAAGCAAUACAUAGUCUUGCUGAAUAUAUAUGUAUUGAUUUUAUUGUUCAUUAUGAAACGCCUCAACAAUUAAUCAAAAAUAUUCAAUCAAAGAUUGGUCUACAAGAUGAUCAAUUUAUUGAGCCAGAUUCAAAUAUGACAGAAAAAAUAAUAAAAUCAAUAUUAUUAAUUGAUAAACACCAUCGAGUAUUAUCAUAUAAGCAUUUGGCAUAUGACUCACAGAUUAUUGAAAUAGCUUUUAAUAAUGGUAUUAAUAUAUCACCUGUACAAUUAUCGUUAUUAUUAUAUAGUGAUAUAGAACAUGAAUUAACAAUCGAAAUUAUAAGGAAGAAUUUUGCAAUACCUGAUACAUUUACCAAAUCAGUUGUAAAACUUUUAGAAAUUUUAAAACAAGCUGAUGUUGAACGAAAAGAUUUAUCAGAUUUUGAAAAAAAAUUUAAAUUUUUAUCAACAAUUUAUUUAAAUAUUAAUGAACCUAAUGAUUUAUCUUGGACGAAAAUUGGAUUUGUAUUGGACAAGUUUCAAGAAGGUUUAAAGUGUUUACCGUAUUUCCAUCAGCAACAAUUAGCAACAAAUCUUACGAAUGAUGAUCAAUCAAAUGAUUUAUUAUUAACUAAAGGUAUAUCAUUAACAUUAUAUUGA